UUUUGGGGUCAUGUGUCAUUCCACUAAUCAAAGAAGAAAACAAGUAGUACUGUUGAUUAGCAGGUGGGAAAGCUGUAACAUGUUUGAUGAAGAUAAGAAAUCUGAAGAAGGAAAUCAUUUGCAUGGAAGCUGUUGGUCAAAAGAAUCCUGCCAGCUGGACAGAAGGAAUUCGUUAGCGGAAACUGAGAAAGUAGAACACACUCUAGUGGCAGGCAGUGAUAGUUUACACAGACAUAAUACAUCCCACUGUGAAAGUAUUUAUGAGUGUGAUGAUUCUUAUCAUGAUGGUCACCCGUAUCUGUUUAGUGAAAUACACGAUGACGGUAGUCAAUCAUAUGAAAUUGAAGAGCUGUGCAGAAGUGAUAAUUCUGUAAGCAGAGAGUCUCAUGUGAGAAGAAAACAAGAUGGAUGUAGUGAAUGUAAAGAGAACUAUGAGAACAGCCAACCAGCAGUACAUAACACUGAAGAAUUGAAUAAUUGUGAGACUGGCAAUUGUCUGUCAGAAUCAAAUCAUACUAUAGGAGACGAUUCCUGUGAAUGUAAUGAAUCUUGUGCAGAUAGUCAAAUUGAUGAUGACAAUCAGUCCUACAGGAGUACAUACACAACGGACCUUUCAGAGGGUGAAUCACUGUACUAUAACAGUGAGGCUGAAAAUGAUGAUGGUGAUGAUGAUGACGAUGAUGAUGAUGAUGAUGAUGAGGAGGAGGAAGCAGAUGACAGCACACGUCCUUUGUACAUUAUUGAAUGUAACUCUGAAGAGUUUCUAGAAACUCGUCCUUCUACAGGCUUUGCAACAAUAAUAAGGGCCUUCAGUGUUUGGGCAGAAAUGGAGCAAUUUGAGAAGCCACCGCCACCAGCAGCAAAAGAAGUGAUACAGAGUCUGGAAAAUUUGUCGAUUACAGAAAAAGGGUACCAGUGUCCAGUGUGCUUAGGAAUUUGUGAAAUCGGCGAGACUUUAAAAUUGCUUCCUUGUACUCAUGCAUUUCAUAAUGAGUGCAUUCUGCCAUGGUUAGAAAAGACAAAUACUUGCCCAUUGUGUCGACAUGAAAUGCCAACUGACAAUGAAGAUUAUGAGUUGUUCAAAAGAAUUGAAACAGGAAGGCAACUGAGAAACUAAAUGGGCACCAGUGGCAUAUUCACUUAUAAACUUGCUUCCAUAGCAGUGAGGACAUCAGCUACUAAACUUUUCACUGCAGAAAAUAAGUGAGCCUCCAAUUUGGUCUCUUUUAUUAUUUGUUUAUGUUCAAACAACUGUAUUUACUGUUUUCCACUAAUUGGAAUAAUAUUCAUUCCUAACAGAGGGAGAGAGGGGGAAUUGCUUAGAAGGGUGAAAGAAAGACUUCAAUUUUUUAUGGAUCAGUAGAAAUAUUGGACAUUGUAGGAUGUGCUAUUGUCAUGCUAAAUGUGUAAGCAAAUCUAUUUGAAAAAUGCAAAGAGUACCAGUUUUAAUCAAAAUUAUGAUUAAACUGGGAAAUUUGCUUUGUGUUUGACUGUACUUGAUUGCAAAUAAAUUGCUGAAAAAUAAGAUUAUAAACAUACCAACCCAAUAAAAAGGCACAAUAUUAAGCAGUUGUAGGAAAGACUUUUCCACUAAUUGAUCAAUAUUUAAAUGCAGUGUGCACCCUCUACAGCAGAUUGCAUACUUUUGUCUAUUACCAUUUUUAGGGUUCCGUCCAUCAGUUGGUAAAAAGUCUCCUUAUAGGUUCACUUUGUUGUCCGUCUGUUAAAAACCUAUUUUGUCAGGGAUGGGUAAAUAGCUGAAGUGAAAUUUUAUGUCCCAUACUAAAAUCUGUCAUCCCUUGGUGGUGUGAUCAAUGUAAGCUUCUAAGUCAAUGAAAUCGAAGGAUACGACCCUUUGUCACAUAUUUUGAUAUUCACAAACUCGCUCAUCAAAUCAUAUGGGUUACUUCGCAUUGACCUAGAAUCGUGAAACUGGCUGAGAAGCAAAGUUUCACAGUACAGCCCAAGGAAAAUCCAAAAAUUGUUAAUUUGUGAUUACAUCACACGGAGAAAACAUCUAAGGCUUUCUCGAAAGCCUUAGAAUUUCCAGGACCAAUAUCUUGCCAGCAUUGAUACUGAUAACAGGCAAAAAUCUUAGAGAUUCUAGAUUUCCGGGAUGAAUGAACCAUUUAUACAUGUAAUGAAAUUUGUAUGGAACCCUCGGUGCACGACUUCUAACCGCACGUAUCUGGAUUUUUAUUUAAUCUCACUUCUCUGAGUAUAAACAUGAGGAAUGGCAGGUAAAUAUUGUUAUAUUUUUUGUUGUUUUAGUUUUAGGAAUUUGUUGCUAACAAGGAACAGAGUCUCAAAUGUUGUGAAAGUAAUUUGGACUGACGAAUUACAAGUAUUUACUUUUGCCAGCCCAAAUGUGCAGUUACUUUUAUUUGUCUGUAUAUAUUGUGAUAAGCUUCAUAAACUAAUGGUCACAUGUAAAUACCUCAUAGCUAGUAGAGAUGAUGGGCAUAUUUAGUUGCAUUGGUGAUUCAAUCAAAAGCUUAAUCUCCCAUAAAAUACACACUGAAGUAAUUACUUUAAUUCUCAGUUUAAUUUAAUUUAUUAGCUAUUACUAACCAAAGAAAUAUUUUCAAAGUUUCACUUUGAGCAGCUUUUCAGGUGUUUUAGGCAAAGAUCUGUAUUAUUUAUGGGACUGAUAUUCUGAUGGAUUAUGUCUAACAACUGUUUAAAAAUUUACUUUCAAUGUAGGUUGUUAUAAUGUAAGUGUGGAAAAGUUAUUUCGUUGUUGUUAUGUGUUUGUUUUGUAUGUUAUAGUAUAAAAUGAAUGUCAACAUGUGUUAUUUAUAGACAUGUAGACUUCUUCAGAUAAGACUGUUGCACCAAUGUAUGGCUGUGUCAAAUAUGACAAAUCUUACAGCAAAAUGUAAGAAGACAGUAAGCAGAUCAUUUGAAAACUUGUAUCACAACUCGUUAAGAAUGAAGGUCUGGAACCCAAUCUUUGAAUUAAUACUUUGUUGGAGCAGCAAGAUUGGAUCAAUGAAGUUCUCACAACAACAUAUUUAUUAACAAAUAAUCUUUAAUAACUUUGCUUAGUAAUUAUUUAUUGAAAUAAGUCAUAUUUCUGUGUAAAGUAUAAGGAACACUGUUAUCCUCAUGUCUCAGUGCACGAAAAUCACAGGCUUGUCGUUCAGAACCAUUUUAUGCCAUUCAAACAAAUUUAAUUUAGGCUCUGCAUUAUCAGCACAUUGUUUGUAUCUUGUUGUAAUAAGACUUCCACUUUUUGAUAAAAUUGAAAUUGGGAUGUUUAAUGCUUAUUAGAACUGUAAAGCAAAAGAUUCUCUCAACUGUUUAAGUAGUCUAAGUGAAGUGCAAAGUGAUUAUUUCUCAUCUGUAUAUCAUAAGAUAGCUCUUAUUGUUGUAAAGGGCUUUUAGACAAGUUUAUGAUACUAUAUUGUGCAGGAUCAAUAAUGUUCAUGGAGUAAGAGACAGAUUUAAAUGUUCCUCAUUUUCAUAUUUAAUCAUUGUUGUGUUCUCUUUCAAACAUUAAUGCAUUGUUCUGUGUUAUUGUUAUCUGCAUCUGGGAUAAGAGGCAGAUACUCAGGAAUUUAUACUAGUCAGUGCUCAGAGUAGUCAUUGAAUCAUUUAACAGAAAUAAAAUACCAUUCAAACAGGUUUCUUUGAAAACCCUGUCAUCUUGUGGACAAUUGAUGCAGCUACCUGCUACUGUCUUCUACAUACAGACUGUAUUAACAUUCUUGUGAUCUGCAUUAUUAAUUUAGUAUUGAUGAUUAGUCUUUCAAAAGCAGUGACCAAAAAUAUUGUAUGUUGUUACUUGAUGUAAUUCAUGUUUCAUAAUAAAAUGUUUUUAUUGUUA